AUGGCAAAGAGAGAUAGCAUGCAGAGCAUCUUCGCCUUGAUGCGUUCCAGCUUCGAGGGUUGUCCUCAACUACUAAGGAGAUGCAUCUUCUACCUGCGAAUUUUCCCAGAAAACAGCUACAUUCGGCGAAGGCGUUUGGUACGGCGGUGGAUGGCUGAGGGCUACUCCAAGAGCAUUGGCAGCCAUAGCUUGGAGGACGACGCAGAGAAGCUCUUCGACAAGAUUGCUGCACUUGGAAUGAUCCAGCAGGCACAAAGAAUGACUGCCAUGGCUGAUGUCAUGAGAACAGCCCCGUGGCAAGUCAAUUAUUUGUUCCUGGAGUAUAUCAUCUCGUGGCAAGAGGAAGAAAAAAUUUUCCUCCCACUUGAAGUCUCUGUUCUGGAAGGGAGGUGCAGCCUAAGCACGGGACGCAUUGGGCAGCACCUAUCCAUUGGUAACAGCUGGGAGAGAGACGAGUUUGUGUUUGACAGCUUGGAUUCCUCACGGCUGCGUUCUCUGACAGUGUAUGGAGGGUGGCGAUCGUUCUUCAUCUCCAACAAGAUGAGGGUGCUGAGGGUUCUGGAUUUGGAGGGCUCCUCAAAUUUAAAUGACGGAGACCUUGACCAGAUUGGAGAGAUGGUCCCUCACCUCAAGUUCUUGUCCCUAAGGAGAUGCACGCCAAUCUCUCAGCUUCCGGAUUCCCUGGGUCUCCUGAAGCAGCUCCAGACUCUCGAUAUCAGAUACAGCUCCAUAGUCGUGCUGCCAAAGUGCAUUGUGAAUCUACGGAAGCUACAGCACCUCAGUGCCGGCACCGUGCGAUGGGAUUCUAUUAUUCCAGAUGUGAGCCUACCGGCUGCAGGGCAGCUGUCAAGGCUGUCAAGAAGCAGGGCACGCCAUUUGGUACCCUGGUUGUCCAAGUUAUUCAGAAGCGAGUCUGUUAGCAGCCAUAACGGUGGCGUUAAAGUGCCUGGAGGGAUUGCAACUCUGAAGGCCUUGCACACGCUGAGUGUUGUCGAUGCCAACGCCUCAGGUGGGGGCUCCUUGCUGGGAGAUCUCAAGAUGCUUUCCCAAUUGCGCAAGCUCGGAGUGUCCGGCAUCACCGAAGAAAACACCAGGAUCUGGGAUCUCAGGUUUCCUCCAAAUACCAUCAAGCUGAGUUUGGAAAUGGCUAUGGAUUGGAUACCAAGACAUAUCAUACAGGCUGCCGGGAAGCUACAAAGUUUAGAUACUCUUCGCAUCAAGGGAAUUGGCGGAGAGUUGGAAUUUGAGGGCUCGGGAGGAUUGGAUGAAGGCAGUAGCUCUUUCGCUGGCCCUUUCGGCGAACUGAAGGUCUUGCAGAUUGAUUUCAGAGGCGACUCAUCUCUACGUUUUGAACCAGGAUCGAUGAGAAAGCUUGAGCAGCUGAAGGUAAUUCUCGGCAGAGGUGGGUCUCGAUUGCGUGUUGAUGGGAUAGUGUGCCUGAUUUCCCUCAAGCAAGUCUGGGUCAAGGGUCCCCUUGACGUCGAACACCGGGAACAACUGGUGCGCCAACUUGACCUUCACGGCGGCAGACCUGUUUUGAAGCUGGAAGAGUAA